CAACUCAGACGAGCUUAUCCCACGUCCAUCUCAGCGAUCUUCGUCAAAUGCAAAAAUGCCUGCAAUACCGCUUGCAGUACAGCUGGGAACAGAAGCUUUGUCGAUCCUCGCCCUUUAUGGCGUUUACACUCAAUCGCAGCACCACUUCCCCCCGGGCCCAUAUGGCCAAGUAAUGGCCGGAGCAACGGCCGGUACCGCUCUUGCUUUAACCGCAAUGCCCUUCAAUACCCCUAUUUUUCCCGAGACAUCUGUCGAGCACCGCGCAGGACUACCCGGUCAAGGCUGGAGAAACGUGGCAAAGGCUGCUUCAGGCUAUGCCUGCUUCUUUGCUGUUGCUGAGGGUCUUCGAACGGGAAUCUAUAAAGCUCGACUGGUAGACGCAUCACGAACGGGAAGUCAGUUACCACCACGCAGUGAGGAUCCGCAAUGGCAUUUGACGAAUUUCUUUGCGGGAGGUGUAGCGGGAUUGGCGUAUCGUGCGGCGACGUUGCCCUUUUUCAAAGGGCCCUUGGAAAACCCACUGUUGACAAAGAGUGGCGUGGGGAUUCUGAUUGGCACAUUUGUCGCAAUGGGCAGUUUGAUGACCGGCUUUGGUUGGGCAGAUACCGCAUUCAACUUGGAAGUGCAUCCUGAAAAAUGGGGCAAGGUUGAACAUUGACACUUGAGCUUUUCCCACUUAGAUAGUUGGCAUGUACUAUAGCUGCAGCGGGUGGAGCCCACUUUUACCCAAAUUAUAUACAUUACAUGAUUUCAAAGGGUUUUUACAUUUCAGC